AUGACCAAAGCGAUAGGUGAACAUCAUUUUUCUUGUACAGAUACUCUAUUUGUUGCUGGAACGGAAACAAAUACAGCUACAUUAGAAUGGGCAAUGGCAGAACUACUCCAGAAUGAAAAGGCAAUGUCAAAAGCAAAACAAGAGAUGGAUCAAAUCAUUGGCAAAGGUAAACUUGUUGAGGAAUCAGAUGUUGCUAGGCUUCCUUAUUUGCAAGCAGUGAUAAAGGAAACCUUCCGUUUGCACCUUCCAGUCCCAUUUUUAAUCCCUCGCAGGGCCAAUGCAAAUGUGGAAAUUUGUGGCUACACAAUCCCCAAAGAUGCACAUGUUCUAGUCAAUGUGUGGGCUAUUGGAAGAAACUCAAGCAUUUGGGAAAAUGCAAAUUUGUUUUCACCAGAAAGGUUCUUAGGCUCUGAAGUUGAUGUUAAAGGUCACAAUUAUGAACUUACACCAUUUGGUGUCGGGCGACGAAUUUGUCCUGGAGUACCAUUAGCUAUGAGGACAUUGUAUUUGAUGUUGGGUUCACUAAUUAAUUGUUUUGAUUGGAAACUUGAAGAUGAAGUGACAAUAGAUGAUAUGAACAUGGAAGACAAAUUUGGGAUAACCUUAGUAAAGGCCCAGCCAGUGAGAGUCAUUCCAAAGAAAAUAAGCAAUUAA